ACAAGCAAUCUGUUACCUUGUAUAAAAUCAAGUCUUAAGCGAUGUCCUUAGUACCCCCUAUGUCAACAAGCGGUCAAACGGAACCCAACUCUGAUACUACGACGCUGGUACCCGAUCGUGACCUCAUACAUCGCGUCUUUGCUCAGGUCUGGACAGAGUUCUACAAGUGGGAGCAACAAUACAGUCGUGAUAGAGUCCAAAAUCUGUCGCGUUCAGAUCAUUAUCAUACAUCUCCCUCUGCCCCGGCUAUAGUCAAGCUCUCAGAGAGGCUGUCCAAUGUUAGUAUGACUCAAGACGUGGAGAUGCAGCUGGAAAUGGACCGGGCGCGAGAAACCAUGCAGUUCGAGAGGUUCUACGAAGAUGGCUCCAGUUCAAUUUCUCCGAUCACGUUGCAUGUCAUCCAUGCGCCUGAAGUGCAACCGCACAGUAGCUACGAAGCGUGUGCCCCCAUACAACGCAGCGUUUUUCACGGCGACGACUCCGACGCAAUGCCCUUCAUGCCCUUCGCUGAUGAACCGGAAUUCGACGCUCAUGAUUAUGCUCAGUUUUACGGUUCGUUUGCAUGGGAGCAAGACUAUGAUCCAGACUUAGAGAUUAUCGUACUUGAAGCCGCUCACCGUCUUCGUAAUCUACACGAUAUCAGCUUUCAGCGAAUAGACGAGAGUGUCUUACUUCCAUUCACCCUGCUUUCAAAGGACGGUCGGACUGGCCUUCUUGAAAUGUCUCGAAGUCGGGACCUGCUAAAGUGGCCAGGUUUUACUGCGACGCAUCAUUCUCUGCAAGCCGCUUCUGAGCCUGCCGCACACGACCUACGUACUCGUCUGAAGGGCGCUAUCUCUCUCUUUUGUCCAAACCUUAGCUGUGUUCAACCCUGGUGCAGCGUACACGUGGAGCCUUACCCCAUACCAAAUCCAAAAGAGCCAGAUCCAAAACUAACCCGCAAAGGGUUUAUCAAAGUCGCUGGGAAACCUUGCGGAGACGACUGCUUCGUUAAUAACCAGGAUUCGCCCCCGGACAUCUUGUGGACCGAAACUGACUUGGAGACAUUCAAAGUCAUAUUUGAGGUCACGCCAGACACAAUGCCAUGCGAUUUAGCAGUACUGUGCCGAAAGCCCUGCCGAGAGGUUUUUCAUCAGCGAAAUGUGAUACUUCAGAGUCCGGCUGAACCUGUUCCCGAUUCAGCAAAACGGAAGUUGAGACCACGUGCUCUAGAAUUCAGUGGUAUAGAUGCGAAUAAGUUCACGCCCAACAAACCAUGCCAUCACGACGGACCCUGUGACAGUCUUUCGAGAUGUAAUUGUUUUUUGAACAAAGCGCACUGUCAGCGGAACUGCCACUGUACGCUGAAAUGUGGACGUCGAUGGCGCGGCUGUCGCUGCGCCACGUCUAAGGCUCACGGCAGCUGUAUUCAGCGAGGGCAUUCCAAAGGACUCGAUGUUAAAGAAGAAUAUGUGGGAGAAAUUAUAUACGAAGCUACCACGGAGAGCCGCCAGGAUGUCGCUAAGUACAGAGGUCGAAAUUACCUAUUUGGCCUGAACGAUACUUUAUCAUUGGACAGCACGUAUGUGGGAAAUGCCGCCAGGUUCAUCAACCAUUGUGCAGAUACGUCUGGCUCACUUUCUAAUUGUCGGGCAUGUGUGCGGUUAGUCAACGACGAACACCGUAUUGGCAUAUAUGCCAUGCAAGAUAUUAAAGCUGGAGACGAAAUCCUCAUUAACUAUGGGCCUUCUUUCUUUCUCGAUAACAAUGGAAAUAAGAGUGUCAUGUUGUCCCAACAGUAACGGCUAUCUUUCUGGUACGAAGGUCAAUCAGUCGCAGACAGUGGUGACAAUAUAUUAUAGCAAUGAUUCACAAUUGCUUUCGAUGGGCGUAUGCGUACCAUAAUUACCAAGGAAAUGUGAUUAACCCAGUGUUUACGUAUGCGUGCAGGUAGCUGUAUGUGCCGGGGACUGAGAUGUCCCGAUUUAUCUCUCAAACCUCUCGGCCUCCUCGCUGCCAUAACCCGAACCUCCUGUGUUGUGACCUGCAGGUCCUUGCUGCUGAUGCGACGGCAACACAGGAUCUUCCGCCGCAUUUCCCUUUCCUUGGUCGGGCUCUCCUUCACUCUUUUUGUGCUUCAAGUGUUCGUUCUGAUCGCCAUACGUUUUAUCUUUGGGCUGGCGCGAUGCUUCUGGUGCCUGGCCUUUCGUCUUGUCUGCAUGGCAAACCGCGGAGGUAUGAUAUUUUCUUGACUUGGAUGGAUUCGUCCCCGUCCCUGUGACACCCUCACCACCAUCCUUGUUCUGCUUCACGUCAUCAGAAGUCGUGCCGACUCCUAAAGCUUGUUUGAUAGUAGAAAAUAAUCCAGGAGGCGUCGACUCCUCCGCUCCUCCCAUCAUCGUGCCACCCC